AGACGGGGUUUCACCGUGUUAGCCAGGAUGGUCUCGAUCUCCUGACCUCGUGAUCCGCCCACCUCGGCCUCCCAAAGUGCUGGGAUUACAGGCGUGAGCCACGGCGCCCGGCCUAUACAUGAGCAUUUGUGAAGCUUGUCUAAGAUUUGUACAUUUGAUUGCGUAGAUAUUUUGCCUUAAAAAGAACUGUAAAUGAAUAAUGUGUGCUGAUGUGUUCAUGGGUGUAGAGUAGUAAGGUCUGCAUUAAAAAGAUAAGAUGGUUUGAUGGAAGAACAGGUGGACAGCAAUAUAGCAAAAUGUUAACAAUUAGGUCGAUAUGUGUCCAUUGUACAAGUCUUCCCACUUUUCUGUAAGUUUGAAAGUUUUCAUAAUACAAAUUUGGAUUUAAAACACCCCAAUACUGCAAGAGUGUCACCAAAGCGUUUGAAAAGCAGGAUUCUUGGGGUGGCAUUCGCUGACGACUCAGAGAAACUGUCCAUGCCACCCACCACCCCUACGCACUCAAAGAAGCCCUCGCUAGGCAGCCCGGCCCGCCGAGCCCUGGUAUCGAGGGGCUCUCCGCCUCUCCCCUGCCCCGGCCGCCUCCUGCUCGCCCGGCCUCAGUCUGUUCUCAGAACACACUCCAUCACCUGGUUCCCAGAACUCAGAUUGCGCAGUGGUCUCGUCAUCAUCGGCCAGGACUCACAGUGACCGCGGCAGAGGCCUCCCUAGACCUCCCUCCCGUCCAGCCUCACCCGUUGCCCAGUCUCCUCACGCCCCUGCUCCAGGUCCCCUGGCCCCACUUCGCUCGCCACGUUUUCAUAAUCCUCUCAGGCUCCGGGCAAGCGGCGCCGCCCGCAAUGGGACCUGAUCAUAUAAGGAAAAUACUGCGGGCUCAUCCGGGGGCUGCAAUGGGGACCCGAAAGCGCCCUAGCCUACACCGCACCCCAACUGCCGCCCACCUCUCCGCCCUGCCCCCAGUACAGUACCCAAACCCGGUCCGGGUCCAGCUCGGCUGCCCGAGCCUCUGCCCAGCGGACUGCGCAGCCGCCCGCUCCAGCCAAUCCCGCCGCGCUGCCGCCGCGCCCCGCCCACAGGACGUUCGGUCCCGCCCCCGGCUGGCGGCCGCCCGCGCGCCAAGUCCCUCAGGCCUUGGCUCCUGCUCAGUGUUUAGGGUGCUGGCGGAGACAGAGGGGAACAGUCAUUGCCUGUCGGGGCUGAUGGGUGAGAGGUGUCAAACCAAAUUCUCUCGGUUUGGAAACGGAGAAAAUCUAAAAACGAGGAUGUGAGGAAAGAGUCCGCUCUCAAGGCGCGUUGUCGUCUACCCGCGCCCCGUCCCCUGGGCUCCCUCGGGCUGGGGUGAGGCGGGCAGCUACGCGUGGGAUAGGAUCAUCUUACGCUGGGACCCCGCCAAGGAGCCCCGGGAAGUAGGUGAAAGGGCAGGGGCGUGGCUCUGGGGGCGCCACCCACGCUCUUGAAAUCUGGGUGACUGCGAGUGGCCUCUCAGCGUCCCCCACACCAGUGACCCGCGCCGCUGACGACUCAGCCGCCGCCAUGGCUCUGCUCCGAGGUGUGUUUGUAGUUGCUGCUAAGCGAACGCCCUUUGGAGCUUACGGAGGCCUUCUGAAAGACUUCACUGCUACUGACUUGUCUGAAUUUGCCGCCAAGGCUGCCUUGUCUGCCGGCAAAGUCUCACCUGAAACUGUUGACAGUGUGAUUAUAGGCAAUGUCGUGCAGAGUUCUUCAGAUGCUAUAUAUUUGGCAAGGCAUGUUGGUAUGCGUGUGGGAAUCCCAAAGGAGACCCCAGCUCUCACGAUUAAUAGGCUCUGUGGUUCUGGUUUUCAGUCCAUUGUGAAUGGAUGUCAGGAAAUUUGUGUUAAAGAAGCUGAAGUUGUUUUAUGUGGAGGAACCGAAAGCAUGAGCCAAGCUCCCUACUGCGUCAGAAAUGUGCGUUUUGGAACCAAGCUUGGAUCAGAUAUCAAGCUGGAAGAUUCUUUAUGGGUAGGAUUAACAGAUCCGCAUGUCCAGCUCCCCAUGGCAAUGACUGCAGAGAAUCUUGCUGUAAAACACAAAAUAAGCAGAGAAGAAUGUGACAAAUACGCCCUGCAGUCACAGCAGAGAUGGAAAACUGCUAAUGAUGCUGGCUACUUUAAUGAUGAAAUGGCACCAAUUGAAGUGAAGACAAAGAAAGGGAAACAGACAAUGCAGGUGGACGAGCAUGCUCGGCCCCAAACCACCCUGGAACAGUUACAGAAACUUCCUCCAGUAUUCAAGAAAGAUGGAACUGUCACUGCAGGGAAUGCAUCGGGGAUAGCUGAUGGUGCUGGAGCUGUUAUCAUAGCUAGUGAAGAUGCUGUUAAGAAACAUAACUUCACACCACUGGCAAGAAUUGUGGGCUACUUUGUAUCUGGAUGUGAUCCCUCUAUCAUGGGUAUUGGUCCUGUCCCUGCUAUCAGUGGGGCACUGAAGAAAGCAGGACUGAGUCUUAAGGACAUGGAUUUGGUAGAGGUGAAUGAAGCUUUUGCUCCCCAGUACUUGGCUGUUGAGAGGAGUUUGGAUCUUGACAUAAGUAAAACCAAUGUGAAUGGAGGAGCCAUUGCUUUGGGUCACCCACUGGGAGGAUCUGGAUCAAGAAUUACUGCACACCUGGUUCACGAAUUAAGGCGUCGAGGUGGAAAAUAUGCCGUUGGAUCAGCUUGCAUUGGAGGUGGCCAAGGUAUUGCUGUCAUCAUUCAGAGCACAGCCUGAAGAGACCAGUGACCUCACUGUGACCCACUCUUACUCUACUUGGCCAGGCCACAGUAAAACAAGUGACCGUCAGAGCAGCUGCCACAACUGGCCAUGCCCUGCCAUUGAAACAGUGAUUAAGUUUGAUCAAGCCAUGGUGACAACGAAAAUGCAUUGAUCAUGAUAGGAGCCCAUGCUAGAAGUACAUUCUCUCAGAUUUGUACCAGUGAACUAUGAUGUAUUUCUGAACUAAAACUCAACUAUAGAAGACAUUAAAAGAAAUCGUAUUCUUGCCAAGUAACCACCACUUCUGCCUUAGAUAAUAUGAUUAUAAGGAAAUCAAAUAAAUGUUGCCUUAACUUCA